UGGCCCUUCCCGCGCUUGCUCCCUUCCCGCGCUUUGUACUCUGCUCCCAUCCUGCCACCACCUAUAAAUAUCCGCCCGCAAAUCCACCAUUCGCAUCCCAAAUCCACCGGAGACACUACUCACUCAGAACCAAGGCGACCAAACAUCUUCGAGCUAAGCAACCGAGAGAUGAUAAGACGAAGAUGUGUCCGACGAUCAAGAAGGAGAUGAGCGCCGAGUCGAGCCCGCCGUGCUGCAGCUGGGCGUCGACCUCAACCUCGUCGCCGGAGCAGGCGCACCACCAGCAGACGGUGUGGACGUCGCCGCCCAAGAAGCCGGCGGGGCGGACCAAGUUCCGGGAGACGCGGCACCCCGUGUUCCGCGGCGUCCGGCGCCGCGGCAACGCCGGGCGGUGGGUGUGCGAGGUGCGCGUGCCGGGCCGCCGCGGCUGCAGGCUCUGGCUCGGCACCUUCGACACCGCCGAGGCCGCGGCGCGCGCGCACGACGCCGCCAUGCUCGCCAUCGCCGGCGCGGGCGCCUGCCUCAACUUCGCCGACUCCGCGUGGCUGCUCGCCGUCCCGGCCUCGUACGCCAGCCUCGCCGAGGUGCGCCACGCCGUCGCCGAGGCCGUCAAGGGCUUCCAGCGCCGCGAGGCGCUCUCGGUCUCGGAGGACGACGCCGCGUCGUCGUCGGCGCCCUCCUCCCCCGCCAGCGUCGAACUCGACGGGCCUUCCACCGACGGGGAGGAGUCGCCCUCCCCGGCUUUCGAACUGGACGUGUUCAACGACAUGAGCUGGGACCUGUACUACGCGAGCAUGGCGCAGGCGAUGCUCAUGGAGCCGCCGUCCGCGGUUCAGGCGUUCGGAGACGACGGCCUCGCCGGCGCCGGAGAUGUGCCACUGUGGAGCUACUAGUGGAACUGAAGCCAUUGCACUUGGAAUUUCACAAAUUUGUUUCUCUUGGCUGCCGAUGCCAAAUUUUUGAGACCGUAGUGGUUAGUGGUUGCUAAUUCUGGUAAUGAAACAGAGCAAGUUGGGAAUAGAAAAACAGAGCGUUCCACCGCUCAACCUUGGACUGCGAUA